AAGAAUCAGCUCACAGUCAAGUAAUUCCACACAGUUUUAGGGACAAUGCCAUUUAUGAAUGAGAGGAAGCCAAGCGACAAAACAUAAGUGCCAGGUUUGUGUUACACACUUUGCAUGAACUCAACCCAGAAAGCCGGACUGAUUCUGGUCAUCAUUUUACAGUCUCCCAACUUUAGAGCAUGUUUUUUCUCCACUCUGGAUCAUACUCCAAAGGAAGCUGGGGUGAGGGAGCCUGUUCCUGGAGUCUCACAACGGGAAGAGUAGAGGUGAAUCACACUUGGAGCACUUUGCACCUUGCCCUUUGAGGCCCAUUUGAGGACCGGUGUAUUCCAAUCCGUAUGUGAAAUAGCCAGAGGCAGCUGAAGACCUCUAGAGGACCCACUGAGGCAAGGCUGGAAAGCCUGUCUCUCCUCUCCUGAAUUCUCCCUUUCCUUCCCGCACCUGCCAAAGCCUAUGGGAGUCGGAGGGAAUGCCCGGGCUUUUCUCCAGGAGGUACCCGCCUACCCAGGGGCGGGGCCCGGGCUCCUAGCUGCCGAGCCACAGCCCAAACAGUUUCCUGCGUGAAGGAGGAAGAGGGAAGGAAGGCGCUGAGGAUCACGCACGCCCAGCCCAGCUGCCGGCUUCUCCACCAUACCGGAGAGGACCCGGGCGCCCGCACUCCGCAUCCACUGCGACCCCCUUAAACCAGGGCGGUCCGCACUCACUGGUCCCCAAAGAUGGAGAUCCCAGCCACCCACUACGCGGCCUCCAGGGCCGCCUCGGUGGCAGAGAACUGCAUCAACUACCAGCAGGGGACCCCUCACAAGGUGUUCCAGGUGCAGACGGUCCAGCAGGCCACCAAGGAGGAUAUUCCAGGAAGAGGGCACAAGUAUCACCUCAAAUUUUCUGUGGAAGAAAUUAUCCAAAAACAAGUUACAGUGAACUGCACAGCGGAAGUUCUUUACCCUCACAUGGGCCAAGGCACCGCACCAGAGGUCAACUUCACGUUUGAAGGAGAGAUUGGCAAGAACCCAGAUGAAGAAGAUAACACAUUUUAUCAAAGACUUAUGUCUCUGAAGGAACCACUACAAGCACAAAACAUCCCAGACAGUUCUGGAAAUGUGUCUCCACAAAUGAAGCCGGUUCGCCACUUAGCCUGGGUUGCCUGUGGUUAUAUAAUGUGGCAGAAUUCGACUGAAGACACGUGGUAUAAAAUGGCGCAAAUUCAAACCGUCAAGCAAGUGCCAAGAAAUGAUGACUUCAUCGAAUUGGACUAUACCAUUCUACUCCAUGACAUCGCAUCGCAGGAGAUUAUUCCCUGGCAAAUGCAAGUUUUGUGGCAUCCACAAUACGGCACGAAAGUAAAGCACAACAGCCGUCUCCCAAAGGAAGUGUGAGCAGGGUAAACAAAGACACUGAGGCCCAGGUGGAAUGGAAACAUGUUCCUAAUGAUGUGGAUGACUGUCCUCACUGGCAUCUAGCCUAAUAAGCCAAAUACAUCCCACAGCGUCUCUCUGUUUGUCUUGGCUAUGGCACCAAGUUGCAUAGAUUCCAUAAUCAAGAGUAUUACUACAUAAAAAUGUCUUCCCAACAGUAACAGUACCAUGUAUAUUCCCUAAUAAAAGUCCACUUCCAUCUCA